UCUGCAUUACUGGCUUCAUAAUUUUAUUACUAGAUGUUCACUUGCAGCAGUUCAUGACUUUAUUUUUCAGGAUAUAUCAAGAUGCCUUCUGUGGAUUCAGAGACAUCAUCAGACGUGGCCCCAUAUUCGUAUUGAUCCUUUGUCAAAGCCUAUAGAUUUGCUGAUGCUUAACAGACUAAAAGAAUCGUACUGUGAGAUUAAAGAAGGGGAGCUUGAUAUUGUUACCAUAGUUCACUCUCAUGAGGAUAGCAUGCCACCUGGAUCUCACAAGACAAGGCUAACUGCUCUUAAUGUUCCGCCUAUGGGUUUGUUUUACCCAACGCUUUUGGUUCCUGAUGUAUAUCCUCCACCACCACGCUUUUGGUUUCAUGAUCAUGAGGAUAUGUUAGAAGAUACAUGGCAUGUGGACUUUCCUAGAAGAUGUGAUAUGUCAGAUAACUUGUUCGCUGGUGUUAAUGUUGGCUUACCAAUGUGGGAGAGCUAUCCAGUUUUCCCAACUAAACCAAAGAAAGAAGAGAAGGUUGGCCUUGCAGAAGCUAUAACUAACAGCAUUCUUUCAACUGGUCGCAUAGACCUUCAGAGAAAAUUGUUCUGUAGCAUUCAAUUGAUUGGAGGAGUAGCUUUGACGGGGGGUCUAAUUCCUGCCGUUGAGGAAAGAGUUUUACAUGCAAUUCCUUCAAAUGAAGCAAUCGAUACAGUUGAGGUUUUGCAGUCAAGGACAGAUCCAAAUUUUGUGUCUUGGAAAGGAGGAGCGAUACUUGGAAUUCUUGAUUUCGGUCGAGAUGCUUGGAUUCACCGAGAGGAUUGGAUAAGAAAUGGCAUCCAUGUUGGAAGUGGCAGAAAAUACAAGGAUUCUUAUUUCCUGCAAGCACAAGCAAUGUGUUACAUGAAUUCAUAGUUGAAGAGUGUAAGAGAUACUGCUCUGAUCCAUUUUCACAUGUUAAUUUGAAGGUUCUAUUUAUUGGAGUUAUUCAAGUAAAAUUAAGUGGUAUUGUUGCUCUAA